GAAAAUAUCACGUAGAAAACAUUCAAAUCGAGGCUUUGCUGUCAUUCCAAUCAUAUACUGUGAAGUUCAGCACACAUUUCAGAGAAACAACGUUUCCCCAGGACCAAAGCUCUACAAUCAAUUAACACACGAAGCAUCCACACCAUAACACACCACCAUGGCAGAUAAAAUUAAAGACUCCAAGAUUAUCUUUGUUGUGGGUGGCCCUGGCUCCGGUAAAGGCACUCAGUGCGAGAAGGUGGUGGAGAAGUACGGCUUCACACACCUGUCCUCUGGAGACCUGCUGCGUGCCGAGGUGGCGUCCGGGUCUGAGCGGGGCAAACAUCUCCAGGCCAUCAUGCAGAAGGGAGAGCUGGUGCCUCUGGACACCGUUCUGGACAUGAUCAAGGACGCCAUGAUCGCCAAGGCAGACGUGUCUAAGGGCUUCCUGAUCGAUGGAUACCCUCGUGAGGUCAAGCAGGGAGAGGAGUUCGAGAAGAAGAUCGGAGCUCCUGCACUGCUGUUGUACAUCGACGCCAAGCCAGAGACGAUGGUUCAGAGGCUGGUGAAGCGUGGAGAGACCAGCGGCCGUGCCGAUGACAACGAGGAGACCAUUAAAAAGCGUCUGGACCUUUAUUACAAAGCCACCGAACCCGUCAUUGCCUACUACGAAAGUCGAGGCAUCGUCAGGAAGAUCAACUCGGAGCUCACAGUGGACGAAGUGUUCAAACAAGUUUCCCAAGCGAUCGAUAAACUGAAGUAAAAAACCUGCUAAGAUGAA